AUGCCGUUCGGACUCUGCAACGCACCAGCGACGUUCCAGGCGGAGAUGAACCAUACUCUACGGCCCCUGCUAGACGAGUGCGUAGUAGUGUACCUGGACGAUAUCCUCAUCUACUCCAAGAACAUGAAGGAGCACGUGGAGCAUCUGCGGAAGGUGUUCGAGAUCCUGCGGAAAAACAAGUUCUACGUGAAGCUGUCGAAGAGCGACUUUGCACUGAAGAAGGUGCAGUUCUACGUGAAGUUUCUCGGGCACAUGGUGAGUGCGGAGGGCGUACACGUGGACCCGCGGAAGAUCGAAGCCGUUAAGAACUGGAAAGUAUCGGAGAACGUGAAAGAGUUGCAGCAGUUCCUAGGCUUCGCCAACUACUACAACAGGUUCGUGCCGCAGUAUGCUAAGAUAGCAACGCCACUGACCGUUCUACUGAAAAAGGAUACGCCCUUCAAAUGGGAUACUCCUCAUCAGCAAGCCAUGGAACAGCUACAGACAGCACUGACCACAACGCCAGUUUUCAUCCUACCGGACCCAGACAAGGACUACGUAGUUGAAGCAGACGCUAGUGACCAGGCAGUCGGAGCAGUACUGAUGCAGGACCACGGACACGGUCUACAGCAUAUCGCUUACCUCAGUAAGAAGUUACACGGAGCAGAACUAAACUACCCCAUUCACGACAAGGAAGCCUUAGCUAUAGUCGUAGCCUUCAAGGCAUGGAGGUGUUAUCUAGAGGAGCCGAGACCACAGUUUAUACGGACCAAUGCAGUCUCAAAUACCUGA